GUCGGGGACCACUCGUUGGCAGAAGAAUAUUUUCCCACCGAAGGGAAAAGCUAUAAUCCCGGAAACCAAACAGGACAAUAUAUAAUUCGCUUAUAUUAUACGCCUGUUUCUCCCUUUUCUUUUCUUCCCUAUAAUUCCUUCAGAAUCCACCACUCUCAUAUUCUCCUCUUCCUAAGUGCAUUACAGAAAAUUUUAUUUUCAGGGAGAUAAAUGGACAAAUUCAAAAGCAUGUUAAAGCCGAAACCGAACCCGCAACAGCAAUUGAGAGAUUGGCAGAGACGGCUACGCCAAGAGUGCCGCAACAUCGAGCGCCAAAUCAGAGAUGUUCAGAGAGAGGAGAAGAAUGUGCAUAAAGCAAUCAGAGAAGCUGCCAAGAGAAAUGAUGUGGGAUCAGCAAAGGCUCUUGCGAAGGAAAUUGUUAUGUCGAGAAAAGCUGUAAACCGUCUUCAUGAAAAUAAAGCCCAGUUAAAUUCAAUAUCAAUGCAUCUUGGGGAAAGUGUUGCAAUUGCUAGGACAGUGGGUCAUUUGUCUAAGAGUGCUGAAGUCAUGAAACUUGUCAAUAAUGUCAUGAAAGCUCCACAAAUGGCUGCCACAAUGCAGGAAUUCAGCAAAGAAAUGAUCAAGGCUGGGGUUAUUGAAGAAUUUGUAAAUGAUGCUGUUGACACAGCUUUAGAUUCAGAAGAUAUCGAAGAGGAAAUUGAGGAAGAAGUUGAUAAAGUCCUAACAGAAAUAGCUGGUGAGACAGCCGCUGAGCUUCCAGAAGCUGUCAGGAAGGAGAAGGUGAAAGUACCUGCCCAGAGAGCAAGCACUUCACAUGAAGAAGAAGCUAUAGCAGAGGGUGUGGAUGAUGAGGAAGAAUUAGAAGAAAUAAGGGCACGACUUGCAAAAGUGAGAUCGUAGCUUGACAAAUUCUUAAUCGCUGUUCAUGUCUUCCAAAUUCAUGAGGAAAUGUAAAACCUGGAUUUCCAUGGUUGAGAGCUGGGGUUUGAGCCUUGUUUGUCGUGGUUUACUGGACCGUCAUGUAACAUGGUCGAAGUGCCUAGUGAUUUCAAACUAGUACCAUAAGUAUUUUCUUUUUUCAAUCUUAUAUUAUAUAAGUUGGCUACUUGAUUUAAUAUUGUGAAGCUUCUUAAGUAAACAUGAUUCAGUUUAGUUUUC